AUGGAAAAAGCUAUUCUAACAUUGGGCCUUGCUUUACUGCUAGGUACUCUAUACAAUUUGAAUUAAUCUCCUUCUGUUGAUUUGAAGCUGAAGUAUAAUGAAUAUAAAUUGACUUACAAUAAACAAUACACUGCUGCAGAAGAUUAAUAUAGAUUUUAAGUUUAUUUGAAAACCUUAGAAGAAGUCGCACUCAAGAAUGCCAGAUUGGGUAGAUAAGUCUAUGGUGAAACCUAAUUUGCUGAUAUUACUGAUGAAGAAUUCAGAGAACAAUAUUUGACAUUAAAAUAUUCCCCAGAAGAGUAUGCAAAUGUACCAAGAGAGUCAUUCUCACAUAUUACAGCUGAUCCAAAAGAAGUUGAUUGGAGAAAUCUUGGAGCAGUUACUCCAGUCAAGAAUCAACUUAAGUGCGGAUCAUGUUGGACAUUCAGCACAACCGGUGUUUUGGAAGGAUUUUUCAAAGUUACAACAGGUGAUUUGCCUUCAUUAUCUGAAUAAUAAUUGAUAGAUUGUUCAACCACAGUUGACUUAAACUUCGGUUGUAAUGGUGGUAUGCCAUAAAGAGCUUUGAAUUUUGUUAAAAGAAAUGGUUUAACAACAGGAGAUAAAUAUCCAUAUUAAGGAGUAUAAGGGGAACAAUGUUUAGUGAAAGGAGGAUUAUACAAAGUCAAUGGAUCUAAAGUAUUAGAUAUAUCAGAGUGGGCAUUGUAUCAAGCAUUGUAAGUUUAACCAGUGUCUAUUGGUGUUGAUGCAGGAACAUGGAAGAAUUAUAAACCAGCUGAAAGAGAGGUCUUUAAUUUUGAUGAAUGUGGAGACAAUUUAAACCAUGCAGUCUUGGCUGUUGGUUUUACUCCAACUGCUACAAUAGUAAAGAAUUCUUGGGCUAACACAUGGGGUUCUUCAGGUUACAUUUAUCUUGAAAGAGGUAAAAAUACUUGUGGACUUUGGAAUACCAUGGUUGUUCCAAUUUGAUUAAUAUUAUAUAAUAAUCAUUGAUGUCCAAUUCAUUAUUGUA